UCUUGCUUCAAAACUAGCCAGCCGCAAUUGCCGCUAUUCAGGUAGUUACUCCUGAAAGUCUUAGUUCUCCCUCCCAGCUCUGCAUCGUUUCAUCUCACCAGAUUCGCCUACGGUUUCCAUCUCAUCCCAUCCAAUGGCUCUCUUAACUCUCAGAACAGCACCUCUAGUGGCAGCAUUCAUUGGGACAAUGGUAAUAUUGUUAGCAGCCGCAUUCCAAGGAGCCCUUGCAGCACCACCAGCGAUGUCAACGGCAGCAACGGCAGGGACAGCUUCUGUGAGUGUGCCGAUGAACGGCACUCAGUACCGCACGACUGCUCUGGCGUGCAGCAAGUCGACUCUCGCUGGCUUUGCAAAGAAAGUCACUCUCAAGCCUAAGUAAGUUCUCGCAUCACAAACCACAUGGUAGUUCCGCAUCGGAGAAUAAGCAAACCCGGUUUUCAACACGGUCUCAACUUCAUCGCAACUCAAAUCAUUUGCAAAUAGUAAAUCUAUCAGAAGCAGCUCUAAAACGAUGUCAUCUCAAUACCCUAUUGGUCGAAAGGCGUCACGUGUGGCAAAAUGAUUUCGACUUCGAGCGACGGGCCAAUCAGUUGGAUGUUGAUAUCAACUCGGCGAAGUUGUGGGUGGUAGCGGCCCUGUCGCGUUUUGCAUACUGUGAGAUUCAAUAGCAGCAAUCUUGUAAUACACCUCGCGAGAAGAUGGGGUUGUACAUGUUGCAUGUGUAAAAUAUGUCAUUGUAGGUUGUGUAUGUGUUGUGUAAUUGAGCCCAAUGUCUUAUA